GUUUUUGUGCCCGCAGCGCUCGGGGAAGCCGCCGGGGAUUCUGCACCUGGCCGUCCCUGCCUCCGGACCGCGGGCCCGAGACCCCCGCUGAGAGCUCCGCGCAGCGGCGUCGCCACGCGGGCCUGGCCCUUCCGGAGUGGCUCGGAGACUCCGUGCGAUCCGGCCGAGGGAGUCAAGACGGGAAGAGACGCACUCGUCCGCGAGGAGGCAGGCCCCGUGCGGGCAUCGCGGAAGCCCAGCGGUCCAUCAUGAAGUUCCAGUAUAAGGAGGACCAUCCCUUUGAGUAUCGGAAAAAGGAGGGAGAAAAGAUCCGGAAGAAAUACCCGGACCGGGUCCCUGUGAUCGUGGAAAAGGCUCCCAAGGCCAGGGUACCUGAUCUGGACAAGAGGAAGUACCUGGUGCCCUCUGACCUCACUGUCGGCCAGUUCUACUUCUUAAUCCGGAAGAGGAUCCACCUGAGACCUGAGGAUGCCUUAUUCUUCUUUGUGAACAACACCAUCCCUCCGACCAGCGCCACCAUGGGCCAGCUGUAUGAGGACAACCACGAGGAAGACUAUUUUCUGUACGUGGCCUACAGUGACGAGAGUGUCUACGGGAAGGAGCAGGCAGGUCAGGACGGAGCUGUCGGACUGGCUUUGAUGGAAGAGGGUGAGGACGACAUAGCUUCACAACACUGCUGUGAUUCCACUUUCGUGCGAUUGCCGUAGAAGAGUCAGGAGGUGGGCGAGCUGGGGCCAGAGGUCGUGGGCCACAGUAACUUCCCACUCUCCUUCUCUUGGGGCAGAGAUUCUAUUUUUGACGUUUGCACAUUUGACAGGUAGGGAAGGGGGAUGGGGACGUUUUAGGACUCCUGGUAGUGGACCAUUCCUGGGGACCAAGAGACCCAUUGUAAUGAAAGCAUUGUGGCCCCUGACCUCUCCUAUCUCCACACCUCCCCGCAUCCCAGCUGUAAUCUCACAGGUGUCGCAGCACCACCCUACAGCAGCAGACCUCCGACCCAGGCACUUGAUCGGAGCUCUCCUGCUGGAAGAGCCAGGCCUGCGGGCCGUUGAUGAGGAUAGUUUUGGUAGCAUUAACUGGAAUUGACUAAGUACUGAGCAUCUCUGUCUAACCUGCUUGCUCUUGGGCGCCCCUUUUCCCACACCCACCUUGGACUUGAAUGAGCCUCAGCCAUUCCCAGUUACAGGCUAAAACCACUGGUCUAGCAUUUCCCAGACUUCGGUCCAUGAUGAGGGACAGAGGUGUGUUACGGACAGAAGGGCCAGGUGUAAGUAAGGUGGACUGUCUGUGCCUCCCACUCAACUCCUCCCAAAUUCUCACUCUCGGGCUGCCAAACCUUCCCCACACGCACAGAAACGCCCAGUGGUGGCCAGUGCUCCCCUCCUGUGGUUUUCAUUUGCUGCGGAUGCCAGUUACAAAAAAAUCUCAGCGGGUGACUGUUAGCUGUUCACGGGGACCCUGUUGACUCUGGUCACCUUCCCUUUAGGGCUGGUUACCUGGGUGGGGGUGGGAAGCAGGAAUCACACUCAGACAUGACAUUUCAAUUCAUCUCGGACAUGACACUUCAUCUCUGCUAGUGAAAGGGGUCCUUCCUCGGCGGGGUGGGGUCUGUGUGGCAGUUCUGUCAGCUGCAGGUUCUUGUUUAAUGACGUUUAUGCUGUCAGGCUAAGGAAAUAAAAUAACUGCAUACCUUAA